GGGUUGAUCUGUCAGUCUGUGCAGAGGCGUCAAAUGCUGAGACGCAGACGAGUUUGGACCGUGCACAGAGAGCAUGUCCUGGGCGAAGGCUGCUGUGGUUGUGGGGCUGGCCGCAGCUGCGCUCCACACUCCGGACGCUGGAGAGGAGGUUGAGUUGCGCCUGUCACGGAGCGCAGUAGAGCGGGCGCGCAUCUGCAUCACCGGGGGUCUGCUCCUCCUCGCCCUGCACCGGCUGUACCGGCUGCUGUUCUGCCCGCUGGUGCUGCUGCGCACGCCCGAUGAUGUGGGCUACCUGCCCGCGGACGGCCGCUCCAAGGCGCAGGCCGCCAACGAGGUGCGCCGCCGGAGGAAGGUGGGAAAGCUGCCCCCGAUCUACCCCAACGGCUGGUACCGGGUGCUGGACUCCUGCAUGCUGGGCAAGGCCGAGGUCAAGAGCGUCUCCAUGCUCGGUCAGGAGCUGGCCGUGUUUCGCGGCGAGGAUGGGAAGGCCUAUGUGCUGGACGCCUACUGCCCCCACCUGGGCGCCAACCUGGCAGUGGGGGGGCAGGUGUCAGGGAGCUGCCUAGAGUGUCCGUUCCAUGGAUGGCAGUUUCGGGGAGGUGAUGGGAAGUGUGUGAAGAUUCCUUAUUCAAAGAAAGUCCUAGAGUCUGCCAAAGUGCGGUCGUGGAUCUGCUGCGAGCAGAACCAGCAGAUCCUGGUGUGGUUCCACUGUGAUGGAGAAGAACCCGAGUGGAGCGUUCCCGAACAGGAGGAGAUCUCCAACGGCUCGUGGGUGUACCGCGGGAGAACCGAACACUUCUUAAGCGCUCACAUCGAGGAAGUUGCUGAAAAUGCCGGAGAUGUGGCUCACCUGUACCACCUGCAUGUGCCGGGUAUCGUCAGCGGCGUGGAUCUGCGUUACAUCAACAACAAACUGUGGGAGUUUCUACGACAUGACUGGAAGGUGGAGUGGGAAGGAAACAAGCCCGACAAGCACUGCUCGGAGAUGACGCUGAAGCACAGCCUGACUGUGUUCGGGUCUAACUGCGGCCUGCUGGAUCUGACUGUGGUGGCUCGCCAGGUGGGCCCAAGUUUGGUGUUUCUUGACUUCAGACACAAGUUCCUGGGUCGGGGGAUGAUCCUGCAGUCUGUGACUCCUGUGGAGCCACUCCUGCAGUGCGUCACUCACACCAUCUACUACCAGGCCAACAUCCCAGCCGUGGUGCCCAAAUUCCUCCUCAGGGGGGAGUGCAUGCAGUUUGAGCGAGACGUGAUGAUCUGGAACAAUAAGAAGUACAUCUCCAACCCUCUGCUGGUGAAGGAGGACGCCACCAUUCGGAAGCAUCGGCUCUGGUAUAAGCAGUUCUACAGCGAAAACAGCCCUACGUUUCAAUACCAGAACGACACCCUGGACUUCUGACGGGCCGGGCCUCGCUGGGUCAGGCGUUGAGAUCUCCUGCAGCUGCAACCUCGUAGACAGACAUGGCAAAUCAUCACUACCCAGAAUUUUAGCAGAAUAUUGAAAAACAUGUGUUUGCUUCAUUUUUGAUUUUUUAAAAAUUGGAUAAUCA